GUGUUUUCUACUGGUAAAAUGUGGCUUUUAUCACAGAUCCGCCAUAAUAUUUGGUUAGUAGUGCUCAUCAACUGGAUUCCUCUCGCCACUCUGAUCAGCUUUGCUGACAAAGAAGUAACUCAGAACUCCGAGAAUUAUCUUUUACUGCCUCUGCUAAACGUUUUGACCAACAAGCAUGGUUGGGAUUACCAAGGUCCUACAAAACCGGAUGUCGGCCAUUUGAAGUAUAUGAAAAGACUCUACACCGUGGCCGCGACACAAGAUGGAAUACCUAGGCGACUUGGGGGCCAUCCCUACAACACCGUGAGAUUGCUGACACCACGGGCUCAAUCCCGUUCCACACAAGAAGUAUUUAAACAAGAUGUCCUGUAUGGCCUGGCGCCCGUCACUUCUCGGGAACGAUUACUCCGAUCCGUGCUCCUGUACUCAGUCACUAAAUCGGCGUACUCUCCCGUCCUGUGCACCUGCAACCUCACUGUCCACGAGCCCUAUUCCGACCAAAUGUGCUCCGAGUCCGACAGCCUCCGUUCGCACAGCUUCCACGUACAGUUCGGGCGCAGGAACAGGCAUAAGUGGGUUGAAGUGGACUUGGCCUCCUUCCUCCAGCCGUUCGUCAGGCCACACCGGGGCAACCUUCACGUAGUCUUCAGUUACAAGUGCACCAAAGCAGGCCAGCCGUACGGCAACCGCACGGGAGUUUCGGAACUGACCCUGGUGCCUCCCUCCUUGCUUCUGUUUCUCAACGACACCCGGGCGCAGACACGCCACAGCUGGUUCUCGAUGGAAAUGGGCGAGCAAUCCCGGGUCGGCCAAGUGCACGGACUGAAGAGUCUUUCCACUGGGAACGGGGUACGGGACUUGAAGUCCAACCGCCGCAGAGGACCCAGAAGUGACCCGGAAGGGUUGUUUCAUGCGCGAACGGCUCGCCGCUAUCCCCAGUUCCAGUAUCCCGACCAAGAAUGCCAACUUCACGAUUUCCGACUGUCUUUCAGUCAGCUCCGGUGGGACCGCUGGAUUAUAGCACCCCAUAACUACAAUCCUCGUUAUUGCAAAGGCAGCUGCCCACGAGCCCUCGGCCAUCGCUACGGAUCCCCCGUUCACACCUUGAUCCAGAACAUUCUCUACGAAAAAGUGGACUCGACAGUUCCUCGCCCCUCCUGCGUUCCUUCCAAGUAUAAUCCGCUGAGCGUGUUAACGCUGGAGAGCGAUGGCUCCAUAGUGUACAAAGAAUACGAGGAUAUGAUUGCCACCAUGUGCACUUGCCGCUAGGGGGGUAAAAGACUUGACAUUUCUUUGCAUCUGAAAUUUAGGAAAAUGACAUUGCUUGCGAAGCUAAAAUCGCAAUUUGUAUUUUUAGUUAUAAUUUAAUGAACAUUUAAGCGAAAUGAACGUCGUGGAGUACAACUCCCUCCGACUAAGUGUGGAUGUGACUUCGUUUAUUUUGGGUUUUUGCUAAUGUGCUCCCCUGGUUUUUGUCCGAGCGUAAUGGAGCUGAUUUUAGUGUUUGCAUUUGUUUGAACUGUGUCGAAAGCAGAGACAACGUGGCCGAAAGGACUUUUUCUUGGCCAUACAAGCACGAGGUUUUGCAUACUAAUCCCACGAUCCCCCUUCCCAAAUUGGAUAACAUUUUAAAAUGCACCAUACGCAAAUUUUAUUUAGAUGGGCUGUCAAUAUUUGAAGUUCUAAUUGAAUGAAAUUCUGAGACUGUAACCGUGCACGGACUGUAUAAUAUACGCACAAUUGACGGCAGUAAAAUGUUCACAUUUGGGUUGUAAUUCCAUUCACUUGAAAAUGUAAAAUGAUUUAGGAGACUACUCCACUGGUGGGAAAAUUCUUACAUGGCUACAAGAAAUUUUUAACCUUUUAAUAUGCAUUGAGUGAAUGAAUGUUGCUUUUGCACAGUUGUGAUGUGUGGUACGAACCCUGGUGGUAUGUGGUGAAGUUGCUUUAUUGCAUGGAAUAUUUUGAACAAAGACAUCCUGCUUGGAGGGCAAAGAAAAUAAAUAGCAAUC